AUGACGGUCCCAGCUGAAAAGUUGGCUGAUCUCAGAGCCUUCAUUUCCCCGGACACCUCUGAGGGGCAUCAGGCCAAGGGAAGGGAGAAGUGCCGCUUGCCGGAAUGGUCAAAUAUUUUUUCUGACUUUUACCAAAAUGGAAAACCAUUGGAGGUUUCUGAGAAGCGGAGAAACAGCGAUGCUUUGGAUGACACAGUGCAGGAGCGGUGGGCCGGUGGCGGCGUGCCCGGGGGCCGUUGGCAGGCAGGAUGCCGCUGGGGGGGGCUGCUGGCGGCCAAGAAGAAGGGCAAGGCCGGGGCCUUGUCGCGGCUGUUGGCGGGGUCUGCAGAGGAGGGCACCGCACAGGGUUGCGCACCGAGCCCGGCCCUCCGUCGCCCUUUGGUGUUUCAGGCCCAGCUGGCCCACGGCAGUGCCACCGCCCGCCUCGACCCCUUCGCCACCAUCCAGCAGCUCUAUGCCAACAUCGCCCGGGCCUUCCACAUCCACCCCUCCCAGAUCUUGUUUUGCACUUUAAAUACUCCCAAAAUUAAUAUGGAAAAGCUACUGGGAAGUCAAAUUGGUCUUGAAGAUUUCAUAUUUGCCCAUGUGAAAGGACUAAAGAAAGAAGUAAGCAUUUAUAAAAGUGAAGGUUCACUUGGUUGCACCAUUACAGACAACGGAGUUGGCUGCGCUUUCAUAAAGAGAAUUAGAGAGGGUAGCCUUGUUGAUGCUACCAAAACAAUCUGUGAGGGGGAUCACAUAGAUUCGAUUAAUGGAAAAAGUAUUGUGGGGCUUCGGCAUUUUGAAGUUGCUAAGAUUUUAAAGGAACUGGAAAAGGAUCAGACGUUUACCCUGAAGCUGAUAGAACCAAAGAAGGCAUUUGAAAUAGAACCAAGAGCAAUGGAUGGAAAUUCUUCAGGAGGAAAAAUUUCUAAUGGAAGGGGAACUCUUCGCCUGAGAUCUAAAGGACCUGCCACGGUGGAAGAACUGCUCUCUGAAACUGAAGAAAAAGCAAUUAAGAAACUAGAUGAUCUUCUUGAAAUCUACUUGGGGAUCAGGGAUAUUGAACUAGCUGCUACAAUGUUUGAAGCUGGAAAAGGCAAAAAAAAUCCAGAUGAGUUUGCAGUAGCACUUGAUGAAGUCGUUGGGGACUUCGCAUUCCCUGAUGAAUUUGUCUUUGAUGUGUGGGGAGUGAUAGGGGAUGCCAAGCAAGGACGAUUGCAGUGACGAAUGGUAGCACUAUGGGUAAUGGAUGUUGGAGGAAACACCGUCUUUUGUUUUUCAAGCUAUGGCAUCAGAUUUUAAUUGCCAUUAGGUCUGAAAUCUGGUUUGCUUUUGAUAAUGUGCAAAAAAAUUUCCCGUUGAAAAUGUGCCCCUCAAUUGUUCUGGGAAAAUUUUCUAAAGACCUUGUUUAAGUUGCACAGUGGAGCUGAAAAUCAAGCACAAAUCUCUUCCAAAAAGUCAUUGAUUGUUGUAAACAUUAGGGAGCAUUUUAGGC